AUGAGAGAAAUCGUAGAUAAAUACUUCCCUGAUAAUUGGGUGAUUGCAUUCUUCCUUGGAUUUACAAUUGAUCUUUCAGUUGCAUGGGAACCGUACAAAGCUGCCAGAACUGCACUUGCAAACACUACCACUCCACAAAACAUAGUUUAUCAACAACAAAAAUAUUGGAAGGAUGUAGAAGUAUUAAACAGACAAGUAGAAUCUUUGUUGGUUGAAGGUCUUCUCGUAGAGGAAUAUAUUAUGGACAAUGCUUCCAAGAUUAUUGGUACUCUUAGAUCUUGUAAUGCUACAAUUCGUUGGAUUAUGUUACAUACAAAUGCAUCAACAAAGAAAUUUAGAGAUUUAGUUAAUACAGGCUCACAAGAUGAUGUGCUACAGUUGUUGUUGAAUACCGCACAGUUGGAAUUUGUUUUCAAGAAUAUAUUCCAGUCAUUGUUGGAUACAAAGGAGACUAGAUGGGAGGAGAACAAAAAGUUAGCCACCGAUUCAAUGAAUGAGCUUGCAGAGUAUUUCAGUGGUGAGAAAGCAUUGACUCGUGUCAAGAAGGACGAAAACCUCCAAAAGUGGUUCGCCGAUAUCUCUGUCAAGAUCAACGCACUCGACUAUGUCGAUAAUACAUCGACCGGUCGUAGAAUUCAACAGUUGAGUCAGGCACUCGAAGAGGUUGAACAGUUCCAGCAGAUCGACUCGUCGAUCCAGGUUAAGCAGUUCCUCAUCGAGACUAGACAGUUCCUUACAAAGAUGAUCAAGAUUGUCAAUAUCAAGGAAGACGUUCUUGUGAAUCUCGCUGUCUGUGCAGAUAUCUCCUAUGCCUGGGAUAUCAUUAACAACUAUGUCGAGCAAAUGCAACGUGGUAUCAAAUCAGACCCAACCUGUGUAUUGAAACUUCGUGCCACCUUCUUAAAGUUGGUGUCUAUUCUCGAUCUUCCAUUGGUAAGAAUUGCGCAGUGUGCAUCGCCCGAUCUCAUCUCUGUGUCAGAGUAUUACUCUGGUGAACUGGUUGGCUACGUCAGAAAGGUAUUGGAAAUCGUUCCAAAAUCAAUGUUUAUCAUUUUGAAGCAGAUCAUCGAUAUGCAGACCAACUCUAUUAAGGAGUUGCCAACCAAGAUCGAGAAGGAACGUCUUCGUGAUUUCGCACAGUUGGAUCAACGUUAUGAGUUGGCAAUGGCUACCAAUGCCGUGUCUGUAUUUACCGAGGGUAUCUUGGCAAUGGAGACCACCCUGGUCGGUGUCAUCCAAGUCGAUCCGAAACAACUGUUGGAGGACGGUAUUCGUAAGGAAUUGGUACUUCAAAUCUCACUGGCAAUGGACAGAACACUCCAAUUCAGAAACGAAAAGAAAGGAGUCGAUGAGCUGCAACCACGUCUUAGAGAUCUCUCCAAUAUUCUCGAUGGUUUCAGACGUUCCUUCCAAUACAUCCAAGACUAUGUGAAUAUUCAGGGUCUGAGAAUCUGGCAAGAGGAAUUCUCACGUAUCGUAAACUACUAUGUCGAACAAGAGUGCAAUCAGUUCCUCAAGAAGAAGGUCUACGAUUGGCAAUCGUCGUUCCAAUCGGUUGCUAUCCCAAUUCCAAAGUUCCAACCAAUCGAUUCCUCUGUCAAUAUGAUCGGUCGUCUGGCACGUGAACUUCUUGGACAGACAUCCUGUCGUACCACUCUCUAUCUCAAUCAAAUAGGUUGGUUCGAACCAACCACCGGAAAGGAGUUGGUCGGUAUUAACACUUGGUCUUUGCUCCAACAGAGUGUUGGAAUUUUCGGUUUGACUGGUCUUGACAGACUCUAUUGCUUCAUGAUGGUCAAAGAACUACAAGUAUUCGUUGGUCAAAUUCGUCAGCUCGUUGAGAAGAGUCUUAAAGGAUUCAUCUCUGAAUUUGAAGAUUCCCUUAGACCAACUUCAUCCAUUCCAGAUAAUCUUCAACGUUAUCAAACUGCACUUGAAAAGACAAAAGGAUUAUCUCCAAUAUUUAUUGAUGUUUUGACAAAGAUUGGUCAAAUACAAUUAAUUAGAAGACAAAUCUCGAAUCAAUUGAAUUUCCACUGUAAAAUAGAUAGUAAUAUGUUAUUCUGUGCAUUGGAUGCAAUGAAUACUUCUUUAAUUAAUGAUAUUCAAGCUCAUUUCCAAAGACCAGAAGUAGCACCAUAUCCAGGUGAAGAUAAUACAUUAUUAUUUGAUUUGGCAGAGUAUUUAGAUACUGCUGGUAUUAAUGAUCCAUACACAAAGAUCUAUAUUACCACUAUGCCUCUCGAUGCCUUCCCAUGCCUAUUGUUCUUAUUUGUUUUGUCACAAGUUACCAAGUUCCAAUGGAACAGUAAACUAUGUGUAAUGCAAUCAAAGAAACCCAAGAACAGCUACGAUUGGACUCCAUUCAUCGUUGGUACUAUCACCAUUUUGAAACAAUUCCACUCACUCCACACUCAAAAGUUCCUUUCAUUCUUGGGACAAUAUAUCAGAUGUCAAAUUAAUGUUGCUCUUGCAAAUCCAAAAGAUAAUAAGGAUGACGAUUAUCCAGAAGAAGUUAUUGGACUCUUAAGAUUCUUGGAAGAUUUCUGUAAAUACAGUCACACCGAAAGAAAGAUGGUCUAUGGUUUUGUACCAGCCUAUAUUUUUGAUUACUACAACCAAUAA